CCGCGCAGGCUUCCGUUGGCACCAAGAGCGAAAGGACCUGCUCGCUGCCACAGCCUGAGAGCAUCUUUUCUCUGCUUUCUUAUCAUCCUCACCAAAACACAGCGCGAUGACGGGAAAUCACGAGCACAGCAUAUCCCUGCUCCCCGGUUUGCGGUAGAAUAUCGUUUCGGGUUACGUUAGCCGUUCGGCUAGCGUAAAUGCUGCUAAACAUGAGGCUUUUUCCCUGAUGAGGAGCAGACAUAAUAGCCUGUCUGUGGAAGAAUAUAGUUACCCUGAGCAGAGUCGAGCUGGGCUGAGCCUCUAGCUUUUAGUGUGCUUUUUUGUGCGCGUUUAAUGCAACAUUUUGGUCCAACUAAACGCCUACUGAGAGUUGCUUUAUGUGAACCUUUCAUCGGCUGAUGUGACUGAAUCCAGCGGUGCUCCAGCAGAGAAGAUGCCCAGAUAGAAGUAUCCGCCUGACAGCAUCAAGGUGCUUCAGACUUUCCAGGUUUACCUGUAAAGAUUUUUUUUAUCGCCAACCAAUAAACCCUGCAAAUCUGACUGACUCGGUGCUGUAAAAGAUCCUGAUGGACGUAUCAGCUGAGCCUCUACACUGAUGAAUGUUUGUGCCAUCGCUGGGAUCAAGUAUUAAUCAGACGUUUUAAGCGCUAACCCUCACACUGACUGGACUGUCUUUUGAGUUUGGAUUAUUGUAAACUUCAGCCACAAACUGACACCUGGAUGAUGACUAACUAAACAUAUCACCAGAUGUCCAUAUGAGUGAAGUUUUAUCACAAAGGCCUUAUGUCUUAGAUUAAAUUGACCUUAUUCAUAUAUGCCAUAUCAACAGUAAAAUAUAUCAUGCCUACAUUCCUGCCUAAAUAAUUCCUGUGACAAAGGCUGAUUACAGUAUUUAGUACUCUUGUCAUGCCGGGAAUCUGGGGACUCACCAGAAACAAUCUGGCAACACAGAUUUUCGGAGCUGUAUCUGAUGGUGUAGCCUCCCUGUCCUUUUCAUUGACCCCAUGACCCCUGCAGAAGUCAGACAGUUCGGUAUCAGCUCACCACAUGUCCUCCUCAGAGAUCUACCAGUAGCUGAUAUUACCCAGGUAACCGUUGGGAUGAGCGCAUGCCCGUAGCCGCGCCACGCCAGCGUUGCCGUGGCUGGCCGUCGCAGGACGGUCGUCUUCCUCUGCCAUGACCCGGCUGAUGUUGGGCCGAACUCUGGAGCGCAUCUGUAAAGGCGUCCUGCUGCUCUGCCUGCUCCACUUCCUCAUCAUGAUGAUCCUGUACUUCGACGUCUACUCGCAGCGCUUCGACCUCUUCAGUCGCUUCAACAAUGGACGCAAUGGAUCCAGGAAUAACGUUAGUGGAGCGGGGAGCGGACAUCAUUAUUACUAUUACAACCUCUCCAGGCCCAACACAACGUUAGCCAGCUACCUGGCCACAGGUGAACAGCUGGUGCCCAGUAUGCAGCCUGAGAGCAACCAGACCCCUUCUCCCAAACCGCUGCCGCCGUGUCCUGAGAGCCCGCCUGGCCUUGUGGGGCGUUUGUUGAUCGAGUUCAGUUCCCAGAUGACGAUGGAACGAGUGCAGAAAGAGAACCCCAACGUGACGGAGGGAGGCCGAUACAUGCCUCCUGACUGUCGGCCCAGAUGGAAGGUGGCCGUCAUCAUCCCGUUCCGUCACCGGGAAAAUCACCUGAAGUACUGGCUGCACUACCUCCACCCGAUCCUCAGACGGCAGAAGAUUGACUACGGCAUCUACAUCAUCAACCAGUUGGGUGAGGACACUUUCAACCGUGCCAAGUUGUUGAACGUUGGCUACACAGAGGCUCUGAAGGAUGCAGAGUACGACUGCUUCAUCUUUAGCGACGUGGACCUGAUCCCUAUGGAUGAUCGCAACCUCUACCAUUGCUACGACCAGCCAAGGCACUUCGCCAUUGCCAUGGACAAGUUUGGCUUCAGGUUGCCCUACGCAGGCUACUUUGGAGGAGUUUCAGGCCUCAGUAAAAAACAGUUUCUGAAGAUCAACGGCUUCCCAAACGAGUACUGGGGCUGGGGAGGGGAGGACGACGACAUUUACAACAGGAUCACUCUGAACGGGAUGAAGGUGUCCAGGCCAGACGUUCGCAUCGGCCGCUACAGAAUGAUUAAGCACGAGAGAGACAAACACAACGAGCCCAACCCACAGAGGUUCAAUAAAAUACAGAACACCAAGAACACGAUGAAGAAGGACGGCAUCAGCUCUCUGACCUACAGACUGGUUCAGGUUAAGAGGUAUCCUCUGUACACAAACAUCUCUGUGGAGAUCGGCAAGCCACCGCCUCGGCCCAUUAAGGGUUAGAGGGAAAGAGGAAGAUGAGGGCCGUGAAGCACAUUGGUGAGAGAGGGGGGGGAAGUGAAGAAGAAAACUGGAAGAUAGGAAGAAAGUGUGUCCCAAACAUCUGUAUGGAUGCUGGAUCGAAGACUAGAGAGCAAAACUAGUCUCAAGCACAUCGUAGUGUCUCUUUCUCCCUUAUUUCCCCUCUCCUAUGUUUUUCUUUUUGCUGUUGUUUUGAGACCUCUGCGUGAUAUUUCUCUCUUUUAGGACUCAGGCUCUUUCCAACUUCUUCAAGCUGCCAAUUGCAGGUAUCACACCUACGUUUACUGAACCAAUCAGUGACUUCAGAGUGAAUAACUUCUGGACCCAAGCUGGAAUAUCAGUGUCUGACCAAAGGUUGGCAUCAAACCUGGAGUCUUUCCAUUAACAAUCCUUUGUAAACUGGAGGGCAUCCAACGGCAUAUCGACUCCGACAGGAAGGGUUGUUGGCUGAUUCAGAUAUGAGACAAUAAUAUUGUGACACGUGACAAGUUUUCACAGUCUGCUUUGGAAAUGUUGUGUCCAGAAAUGGGCCAUUUACAUGGAUGCAAUCUAAGAGAAAUAUGGAAUGAAGAUGAGGCAGCUGCUUGUUGGGAAAUUAUCAGGAGAAUAACAAACCUGGUGGAUAACAAACCCUACAAAGGCCAUCAAAGAAUUACCUUUGUGACUAUUCGUGCUGACAGUCAGUGGAGUGAGGACUUCCACUGGAAGCAAACUGUAUCAUUAACAUAAUAAGGACAUGCAGUGAUGAACCAUGAGAUUGUUUCAGAUGGUUUGCAUAUCAGAGACAUCAGCGUAUCUUCACAUUUGAUGCUAAGAGACGAUUUAAUAGUGACAUUUUCGUCAGGGAGUCACCUGUUUGGAUCUAAUUACUCAAUCAAACCCUCUCCUUUCAAUUAAUGAAUGUGUAUUGUGCCUGCAUUUACAGCAGAAGACUCAGAACAGUGCUGGUGAACAUGUUCAUCAGAAGCAACAACCACCUGAGAACUCUCUUUUUGUUCUCUUUUUUUAUACAUAUGAACUAAAGCUUUGGAAAAAGGAAUUGACUUGCUGGAAGUUUUGCAACAAAAGUGGAUAUAUUGAAGAUAUGAAACAUUUUUUUCCUGUAUGCAGUGUGGUGGAACUACCUUGGGAAAGCAUUUGAAAUCAAAUUGAGGAAAUGAAGGCAGCAGCCUGAUUUAUGCUGGCAGCUCAGUUAUGAUUUUAACCCCUUGUGGCACAUAAAGAGAUUAUGUUUUUUCGGAAAUUUAGCCUUUUUCCACUUUGUCUCAACAAGGAUGGUUGUAGGUACUUUAAUAUACCUAGAAAAAUUGGACAUUUGCCACAUUUUCUGAACAGAUUUGGGGCAUAAACAUCAGAAGUGAGCUGUUAGGAUGUUUCACAGGAAUAAAGCAUUGUGGAUACAACUUGUAACUUUCACACAGACAAGACAAGGUGAAACAUAAUCAACUCACAAGGUCUUUUUUUCAGCCUAUGAUGUAACCUGGAAGUUUUAUAAAGUGUUGCAGUUCAUUAAAACUCUAUUGAUAAUAUUAAUAUACCAUUUUCUCUGUCUACUAUCUUUUUCUUUCCAUCUGUAAGAAAAAGAUGAUCAUAUCCAGAAGGAGGAAAUUAGAAGGUGAUGGUCCUCUGCUGGUGGAAAUUGUGAAUUUUGAAGCGGUAAUGAGAAGUUAGCGUUUGAGCAGUUUGAGUGACGUCUCAGUUGCUGUUUCAGAUUUUAUCUUUAUCAGCUGCCAUGCCUGCAUUGUAAUCUAUUUUAUCACGUUUAGAUUUCAUAAGUGAUGGACUAAAUGAACCAGUUACACUUUUUUAUUGCAAAGACUCGAGUAAUUCUGAAAAACUUUUUUUCUCUCUUUAAGUUUCCCUCUGUGAAAAAGGAACAGUCAAACUGUUGUUUCAUGAUUUUGUCCAUCAACAUGUUGAAGCCUUUGACUGUUUUGUGCUUUGAUACAUCGCUCUUCUUCCUCUGUCUUAUUCUUCCUCGUCUCUACUGUUGAUGCUGUUACUGUUGACGCCUAAAACGCCAAACUGAUGCCUUCAGAAGUUAUCUGUUUGCGGCUGAGAAGCACUUAGAGGUUAUCUGUAAUUCAAAGGUCAUUCUCUUGGGGGAAAUUUAUGUGAUGAAAAAGUGUGCUUGAAGAUGGGAAAGACUGAAAUGAACAUGUAUUUGUUUGUAGUGCAAAAAGAGGGGAAAAAUAUUAUCCAUCCAUCCAUUAUCUUAAUCCUCAUUAGGGUUGUGGGGGGCUGGAGUCUAUCCCAGCUGACUUAGGAUGGAGGCAGGGGACAUCUGGACAGGUCACCAGUCUGUCACAGAGCUACAUAUAGAGACAAACAAUCACACUCACAUUCACACCUAUGAACAAUUUAGAAUUACCAAUUAACCUCAGCAUAUUUUUGGACUGUGGGAGGAAGCUGGAGUACCCGGAGAAAACCCACCGAUGUCCAGGGAGAACAUGCAAACUCCAUGCAGAAAGAUCCCGGGAAGGCUGGGAUACAAACCAGGGAUCUUCUCGCUGCAGGGCGAAAGUGCUAACCACCAAGCCCAAGUGUAUCUAAUUAAUUAAUAAUUAUAUAUGACCACUUCUUUAAAUUUUUAGGAUCUGAGCCAACAUGAGUUGUCAAGGACAUACAUUCUUUCCCAAUUAUUCCAUAUUCACCAGUUAAAGGUAAAAUCAAUGAUUCCAAUUAUUUGAAAUUUUUAUCAAAUUCAGUGACUAUCUCCCAUCAAUCUUGUAGCUGUUUUGUCUAGUGUUCGUACACAGUCCUCGCUCUGUAAAUGGGAAUCAAGCGAUUCACACAAAAUUAUUCCAGUGUGUCCUGCACAUCUUUGAGCUUGUGCAAAUUAAUGCUUUUGCAGAGAAAAGAGGGAAAGGGAGGUGAAGGGGAGACGGAAGGAAAUGCCUGAAAAGCAUUAUCAAGAUUAAAAAAUAUAUUUUAAACAGACACCGGUUUGCAUAAAAUCCUGCAACUGUUUGCUCUGCCUGAUCAAUUUUGGUCUUUUUUUCAAGGUAAAAAUUGUGUAUUGUUGUCCUCUUCUUUGGUCAGCCUUAAGGCAAAAAUGUUCUCAUCUGUUUGGCUCUCUGUUAUCUUCGCCUCAAAGCUGUUGGAAGGUAUGAUCACUGCACCCUUCUGCACACACACAUGCAUUCACGCUGUCCUCCCUGUUUUUGCAUUAUCUCCCUUUUCACUGCCUUUUCUUUCUUACUCUGCCAGUCUGGGCUGCUUGUGUCAAUGGCACGCUGUUGUGCUUUGUGGUGGACCCUCUUCAGGCACAGCUGUGCCUCACAAGAGUGCUCCGUCUUUCAAUAGAUAUCGACAGAGCCACUCUUUGUGUCUGAAUCUUUUCCCCUUACUGUAUCUUUAUUUUUCUAUCCAUCUCUUCACAGUACACGUCCCCAUUUGUGAAUCCUCCCCCUUUUCUCAUCCUCUCUCCACUUCAUCACACUCUUAAUUUCCUUGUCACUCUCCUUCCUUUCUGUAUUUUGAUCUUUUUUUUGGCAGUCCUCCACCCCUGGUGAGUUUCUGUGUCUUCAGUAGGCAGACCACACACAAAGAGGUCAAUGCAGCCCAUUCUCUAAAGUGUUUACAGCUUACCCUGUGCAAUAUGACGGCUUCAUUCCCACCUUCCACAUAUCCUGCCUUUAUAUCAGUGCUUGGGGAUGUGAGGUGUUUUGUUUUUUCGUUUUUGCAGUUUGUAAUGCAGUCAUCGUUUCUGCUUUUCUUCAUUCUAAUACACCUGUUGGUUUCAAAUCCGAAUAAUCAGCACACAGUGAAUAGCAUUACUGCAGUCACAUUGAUUUUUACAGUUCUUACAACAUUAAAGGGGCACUCCAGCAAUUUAACUUUUUACUUUCGUGACACUGGGCCAUUUUUCAGAGACAGAUUUCAACAUCCAGUCACUGGGCUUUAAUUUUUUUUUAGGUGCACCAGAGGCUACAGAUUGUCCCAAUGAGGAAACUAAUUUCACCCUUUGCAGCUGCAAUGAUUUCACUGCUGUGUCAAUUGUGAGUGAAUUCACCCACAAUCACAUCAUUUUGAAGUGGCUGCCUCUGAUUGGCAGCUCUGACCGGCCACCUCUCAGUGGCAGUGGGGGCUCAUGGGUACUGCAGUAUUUAGAGCCUUCAGCCAUGCCAAGCUGAUGGACACAGGCAGCACUAUUUGUGACGGGUAAACUCAGCUCUAAAAUUGGUGGAGUGUCUCUUUGAAAAGAAGAUCAGUUCUAGGUUCAUCAAGGAUAUUCUGACAAAUUACUGGGAACCUUUUAUGAGAUUAGUCAUUGGAGAAAGUGAAGGAUAUACAGCAGGAUGGAUCCAGCGUGUAUAAACAGUAACAUGGGUUGAAGAUGUAAAGAUCAGGUACAGAAACUUUAGCAAAAAUAGUAUUUGAAAUGUUUGCUUUACAUGAGAAUAAAGCAACCACGUGGAGUGCUUCAUGUUUCUUAUUGGACUUUUGACCUUUGAAGCUGUCCCAGCUCCCCUCUGCUGGUUCAAGUGUUUGUUUCAAAUACGCGUUUUGCUCGUCUGCGCCUGAUGGCAGACAGGACUUUAAUGGCCUGUGGGUGUUUUUAAAAAUUUACUGUACUCUAGCUAAGUUUUUUUUUGUUUUUGUUUUUUUGUACAUUGAAUGUUGAAAAUGUUAUAUCUUAUAUAGAAUGCAUUAUGUCAUAUCAAACCUACUUUUUCUAUACAAUCAAUAAAUCCGAUGUUAAAGAUUG